ACCAGCUGCUUAAAAAGCCGAAACAGCGAAAUGUUGGCCUCCUUUUUAAAUUUGCCGCUAGUUUUGGCGCCAAUAUGGCGGUAAUUGCGGUACUUUAUAUAUCUAGGGACUUUAGAUGAAAUUUCUACGCAGCGCCAUCUAUCCCUCUACUGGCAUAAACUCCGCCGUGUUUCCAAAAUUCAAAUGGCAGUUUCAUCCAUGUUUCAUCCGCCUGUUAGUCAUAUUGUGGAUUGAACCUUUACGUUUAUUACGUGUUUAUUACUUUAUGGGUUCAACUUGUUUCUUCGUUUUCGAUAUUGGUGUUUAAAAUUAAAAAUGUAUUAUUUUUAUUUACUAUAAGAAAUACAGGAUAUGGUAUAGACACAGGAAUAGAAAAUAGUGUCAUAAAAAUAGAAACAGUAAGAAAAAAUAUAUUUUUUAAAAGGAUGCCUUACAAAAAUCCUAUAAUAUGCUUAAAAUGUGAAACAACAGAAUCAUCUUUCUGGACUAACGCAGAAAAUUUGGGAGUCAUUUGCUUUAACUGUGUGAACGAGGCGAAAAAAAACAAUGACACAGAUUGUGAACUCAAAGACGACGAAGAUGAAAAACCAAAUAAAAGAAAAACUAGAACCACAAGAUCACAUAAAACAAGGCUAAAUCCAAACCUAGUUGCAAAACAAAACAUUGGAAAAGGCAGAGGUCGAAGGGGCUUAUUCAAGAAAACUCCUAUAAAAGCACCUACAGCAGUGGCAACUACAGUUACUGGCAGUUAUGUAUUUUACAAGGGAUCUUAUAUUCAAAUUGGAGAUAUUAUGUCAUUAAAAGAUGAAAAUGAUGAUUGUUAUUAUGUGCAAAUUGUUGGUUUAAUGACUGAUCAGUAUUGCCAUAAGAGUGCUGUAAUACAGUGGUUGUUGCCUACAGAAGAAAGUCCACCACCAAAUGAGGAAUUUGAUCCAGCUACAUAUAUAAUAGGCCCUGAAGAGGACAUACCAAGAAAUUUAGAAUGUAUGGAAUUUGUAAUGCAUGCCCCAUCGGACUACUAUAAGUCUAAAAGUACCCCUUAUCCACCAGUUCUUCCUACAACUGAUGCUGGAUAUAUCUGGACCUCAAUAGAGUCAGUGAAGAGGAGUUAAUCAUAUUCACAUUUGGAAUAAUUUCUACAAUAUAUUUAUGUAUACAAAUUUUUUGAGUUUUAUGUGUAAAUAAAUUAAAAAAUCACAUGUAAAAGAAAUUGCAUUCUAUACUUUUCGUUCUUCAUAUAAUACAGAUUCCUGAAAAUGAUAAAUAGAUCUAAUUCAAUAUGUAUGUUAUAUUUUACAUUACCAUCCAUUUCCAGAAAAUCUUUUCAUGUUUUAGCCAUUCUGUAUAAGCAUUUAAUUGAUGUAAUACAGGUUCAGAAUUAUUAAUAAAGUGCUCAGUACA